AUGACCAGUAUUUUUGAUACGAUAGAGACAUUCACAAUUUGGACCGAUUAUGAGAAUUAUAGCGUCAACGACUCCGUGACCGACGGAGCAUCAGUAGAAAGCGGGGGCGAAGCGGGGUCUCGACCCAUUAGCCUUUCCAGUCUUGUCUGUAGUGGUGUCUUUACUGCUCUGAUCAUCAUCACCAAUACCAUCAGCCUUCUGGCCUUCGUUGUCGAAAAGCGACUACGCACCUAUAACAACUACUUUAUCAUCAACCUCAGCAUACUUGAUCUCCUUGUCGGAAUGUCCUUGUCCGCACGGGUAGCGCAUGCUUAUUACAAUCGUUACCCAUUUCCCCAAGACGUCUGUAAGAUCUUAACCGGCAUCACGGGCGGGAUUGUCAACGGAUCCAACAUCAGCGUGGUCGUCAUCUGCGCUGACCGACACCGAGCCGUCUACGACCCCAUCAACCAUUUCAUAUCUCGAACCAGACGUAAGGCCAUCCUUAUCAACUGCCUACCUUGGGUUAUAGGACUCUCAUUCUGGUUGGGUUACACCACCGUCUGGGAGUUCGUGGUCGACCACGACAACGGCACGCAAUGUGCGCCGCUCUUCUCCGAGAGUCCGAUCAUGUACAUGAUCCAGAACGUCUGUAAGUUUCAUCUGCCCUUCGUCAUCAUCGCCGUUCUCUACACCCGCAUCAUUCUUCAGAUACGAAAGACGGCCGGUGGAAGGAGCGUGAAUAAGAAGUUCGAAUCGGAGGCAUCGUCGUCGUUAGAGAAGACGAAAUCAAGCAUUGUCAAAGAAGUGACGUCAUCAAAUAUUGAUCAGCAUGAUGGGGGCGUGGACGAACCCGAGACUGGAGUGAAGAAUGAUGUCACCGUUUCUCAUCGAGACAACAUAUUUACUUCAUCUAAUCAGAAAUCCAGCGCACAGCGGGUGGAAUCGCCCUCCGAGUCGCGCAAAGCAACACGGACCCUCUCCCUCAUCAUCGUCGCUUUCGUAUUGACCUGGAUCCCUUUCAGCUUGAUCAGUUUACUCAAGACCAUCGAUGCUCGUCUCAUCAGUCCUGGUAUGCCCAUACAACUCUACGUCUUCUUCGCGUUUUUGACGUAUGGAAACAACCUCCUGAAUCCUAUAUCAUAUGUUGUAUCUCAGCCAUUAUUCAGGGCUACUGUGAUGAGGAUCGUAUCAUGUAGGUACUCCUCGCCAACGUACCUCCCUGAAGAUCUACAGCGUAUGCUUGAUAUUGUCUUGGAGUACACCAAACAGUGGCACUACACCAUCAAUCCCUCCAAAAGUGCCGUUGUGAUUCUCAACCCAGGACGUAACUUUGCAGAUUUCAAAUGGCACUUUGGUUCAGACAUCAUUCCUGUUCAGUUCUCCGGUGAACGGAGGAAUUCAACACAGAAGAAGAAGAAGGUAAACUGCACGGGACGUUUUGGGAAUAUAGGUAGCCAUUUUCUCGAAUGGUCGGGUUACGCGAUUGUCGGACCCGAUGUGCAUGAUGGUACAAGCCCUGAUGAGAUGACCGUGACUCAAGACAGGUGUCCACUCAGAGGAUGCUGCACCUGUUGCUCUCUUAACGUUCCUUCCCCCAAAAUCCCAAUCAUUCAUACUCCGCACUUGAAUUGA